AUGGACCUGCGGAGGUGCGGGAGAAAGCCUUCUCCGAAAACGACGCGGCCAUCGACUUGGCCCAGCUGGUGCCCGAAGCCCAUCGCCGCUGCGGAGGCCGAGCCCGCGGACGCGAGCGCCUCGCCCGCCGCGGUCUCGGCAGACGCCCCGGAGGCCGCGAAGGGCCACGUCCGGCUCUUCCGGUACGCCCUGGACGCGCUGACCGUUCUCCUGCUGCUGGACGGCUGCAGGCGCUGGCGCAACCACGGCCAGCCGAAGGCCGACGGCAGCGAGGACGCUCCGCCGCGCGGCAGCGAGGCGUUCCAGCGGCUCGUGCGCGCGGCCGCCGCCGGCGACGAGGCCACAGCCCGCGAGCUGCUCCGCGGCGGCGCCUCGGCGAGCGAGGCGGACCUCUGGGGCUGCACCGCGCUCCACGCCGCGGCCAAGGGCGGCGCGCGCGGGCUGGCCGCGCAGCUGCUGGACCUCGGCGCCGAUCUGCACGCCGCGGACGCCUGGGACGACACGCCCCUGCACACGGCCGCCCGCGCUGGGCGCGCCGGGGUGUGCGGGCUGCUGGUGGAGCGGGGCGCGAGGCUCGACGCGGCCAACGCGCAGUCGUGGACCCCGCUGGUGGUCGCGGGCCAUGCGGAGCACCGCGACGUCUGCCUCCUGCUGCUCGGCAUGGGCGCUGGCGUGGGUGGGCUGCCGCGAAAAGAGCUGCCGGCGCUGCUGCGGGAGUUGCUGCCCGGCGACGAGUGGCCGACCGACGAGGACUGGGAGGAGCACAUGAAGGAGCCACGAGCCUUCUCUCGCGUCGCCACGGCCAGCCUCGCCCCGAACUCCUGGCCAGCACGCGGGGAGCAGCGGCACCUGUCAAGCUGCGGCAACCAGGACCGCUUGGGGCUCAGGCCGUCCCGCCCCUCAGGCGGCCGCGUGCGCGCGCAGGCUAUGAGCGCGCCCGUGUUGGCUGCCCUGGCUGCGGGCGGCCCGUGCCGCCAGGCCGCGCCCCCGGGCCGCCGCGCCGCCCACCCGGGCACCCCGCGCUCCGCGGCAGGCCUGCGAGGCACGGCGGCGGGCGUGCUGCCGACGGCGGCCUCCCUGCUGCUGGCGGGGCGGCGACCAGCGCGCCGGGCCGCGCGGGCGGGGCGCAGGCGCCCAGGCGCCGCCGCGCGCCGCGCCCUGAGCCAGUACCCCGGCGGCCAGGAUGUGGGGGAGCCCUUCACGCUGGUGGCCGGCGCCAAGGCCAUCGAGCUCGGCCCCGCGUGCAGGCUCGUGCAUCUGGUGAGGCACGCAGAGGCGCUGGUGAACGCCGCAGGCCGCGUGUUCCCGAAGGGCGACCCGCGCAAGAAGGCCGUGCGGCAGGACGCGCAGUACUUCGACUCGCCCCUGUCGGAGCGCGGCCUGGCGCAGAGCCGAGCGUUGCGCGCCGGGGCGCUGGAAGGACGUGCGGUACCCCCCGCCGUGGGGCUCGUGGCGUCCUCCACGCUGACCCGCGCGCUGCAGACGUCCACGGAGGCCUUCGGCUGCGCCGACACGGGCGGGCCGCGCCUCGUUGCCCACGAGGCGCUGCGCGAGUUCUGUUCCAAGGACUUCCAGCCCUGCGACUCCCGCCGCCCGCCCGCCGACCUGUCGUCGGCCUUCCCUCACGCGGACUUCCGGCACGUCCCGCCCGGCCCAGACGCGCUGCUGGCGCCCGGCAAGGUCGAGACGCCCGAGAGCGCGGACGCGCGCAUCCGGUGGUUCUUCGCUUGGCUGCGCGAGCAGCCGGAGCGGAACGUCGCUUGCGUGGCGCACUUCCAGAUCCUCACGAGGAUCUUGAAGAAUCAUCUGGAGCCUGCUGGGUUCAACGGCUCCUCCUACGGCGACCUUACGAACUUGGAGAUCCGUUCCGUCCCCAUCGCGUUCCUGUGA